AUGCACUGGAACAUUGAAAGAACACUGUGGAAUAGUCAAAUAUCAAGAAUGGAACAUUUGUUAAGAGUUAUCCUAAUAACAUUGGCCUCUCUCAGAUACAUGGAUGGCCUGAUAUGCCCAGCUGGAAUUAAAAUUGAGAGGAAAAUCCUCAUUAACUUGAAGAACUUGUCUUGGUCUGAGGCUGUUAUGGAUUGUAACAGGAGGAAGGGAACAAUCAUCAAUGUUAAGGACAAUCAAUCUAAAAGUAUUGUUAGUGGUGUCAUGGAGGGAAAUAAGCUUGGGAAUGCCUGGAUUGGAUAUUCAGGUGAUAAUCAAGAAACAUCAGAUUCUUCAGAAAUGAAAAAACUUUAUUUCAUCAUGGAGCACACUGAUGAUGAACAAUUGAAAGCGUCUUCAUACAGCAGGAAUCUUGAAAAAUUAAGCGCAAAAUAUGCAAAAAUUAAUAGUGGAACUGCAUGGGUACCUAAAGACAAGAGAUUUAAUAACUGGAUCCAAUUAGAUCUCAGAAAAACAAUGUGUAUAUAUGGUAUUGUUACAAAGGGUAGACAGGAUAGAGAUCAGUGGACAAAAUAUUACAGACUGCUGUACAGUAAAGAUGGUGACAGUUUCCUCACACUUCAAGAAAAGGGAAGAGAAGAACUAUCUGCUAAUAAUGACCGCAGUACAUCAGUUUAUAAUAACUUUACAGAACCAUUUGAUGCACAGUUAAUACGUUUAUACCCACAAGAUUGGAAUGACCGUCCUGCAAUACGAUUUGACCUCCUGGUAUCAAAAGAGAGCUGCCCAAUUGACUAUACAUGUGGAAAAUGUCCAGCUAUGGUGAAAAAAACUGAAGGCACCUUGACAAUUCAGUAUGAGUCAUGCUGCUCUAAAUUACCAUACAUCUGUGAGACAGAGACAUGUGACCAAGAUCAAGCAGGAUCUUUAACUGUUGCAACUGCUACCACUGUUACUACAGCAGCUAUAACUGCUGUUAUGGACAAUGACCCAGUGACUACAGGCACCAGUCAUGGAAUCCUUUCUACUUCAGGUUAUACUGACUCAAUUAUUAGUUAUGCCACUACAAAUCUCAUCCAUGGAAUCCCCAUCGCUUCAAGCUCUGCUUCUAGUUCCCCAUUGACUAUUGCACUCAUAGUUGGAAUGGUAUUCUUUAUGAUUGCUUCCAUUAUUUUAUUGACUUUACUGAUCCUUUCAAAGCGCAAUCAAACCAACCAUGAAUACUCCUCAAAAUCACCGAUUAUGCAUCAUAUUGACAAUAAUAAGGAAGAAAUUAACCAAAGUGGCGCAAAUGUUGCACAAAAUUCACACCAAAAGACUGAGCCAAAUGAUUUAAAUAAUCGAGAUAAUAUUAGAACAAAGAGUCAAAAAUCAGAUGUGAUUUAUACAAAUAUAGACACAUAUGAGACUCUGGAUGAUGUAAAGGUUGAUGGUGCGGCAGAGCACGCUACAUACCUUGAACUGCUUGAUACUCCAAAUGAUGUGAGUGUAUACAGUGUUGAAAAGAAAGUAGAUAUAGAUGAAAUCCCAAAUGGAAUGGAAAUGAUUAAGAAUGAGAUAUAUUCAAAUGCACAAGCGGACCAUUUACCAAAUGCUUAGUGAACAAGGCAAUGCCAUGACAUAUAAAACCUGUUUAAGAUGUACAUAUGCACAUACUUACAUACUGUAUAUAGCGGAAUAUUUUGCACAGUGGAGUAACUGACAAGAGUGGAUGAACACUCUUUUAGUUGGGGUAAUAAUAAUAAAUGGUAUAAAAGGGUGCACUCACCCAUGUUGUAAACUGUUUUUGAAUCUGCCUGUAUAAGUCCUACCAUCCGACCACACUAGUUCUCCCCUAAAACAAAUGUAAAGCAUUUAUAAAACAAAGAUGAAAUCAACAAGGCAUUAACAUGCAAAAUGUCACCAAUUGCUAUUUGUAAGGGAUACUGACUGCCGAAAUGUCAACAACUGAACACCAACCAGUCUCCGCAAAAAGUUGGAGACUAUAACAAUAUGCACUUGUGGCGGUGACAUAAAAAUCGGAAAACUACUAUUUAAAAUGUGAAAUAUCAUCUGGCCUUUGUCACCUGUCCCGAUUCCUCUCCUAUCUUUUUUCAAAGAUCUCUGCCAACAGAGAGCAUGGAAAGAGGAUCCCUGAGCAAUAUAGGUCAGACAAAUCUGCUGUGUGUUUCAGUGGAAAAUGAAAUCAUCAUUUUAUCAGUGAGUCCAGGACAUUUAAAAUUGUGUCAUAAGUCAUCAAGAAUCCUUCUUCAUUACGACAAAUUAACCCGUAGCGGGUGAAAAUUCGAACAAACAAAGUUAGUAAUUAAGAGAUGUAAUUAUGUUUGCUAUCUCUUAAGCUCUGGGGCUUUUCCUCCUCUUUCAUUGUGAUAAAGGAAAAAAUCAGAGAAAAAUAUUUUUCAUACUUACUGUCCAUGCAUCUUUCCAGAGAGCCACAUUCCUGUGUAGACAGCAUCCUUCAGCUUUCCUGCUUUGUAAAACUUAUAUGUGGCGUGUCGUGACAAUGGUGGGGAAACAUGACUGCCACCUUUUGGGCGAUAUAUUUGUUUCUUGUCUGCAAGGACUUUGUCUAUUGACCUGUUAAUUUCCCACGUCCACUCAGCCUAAAACAAAAAGCAUGUCUGGUUUAGUAGUGCACAAAGUACUAUAGUAAUGCUCAGUUACAUUACAUUAUGCUCUGUCAAUCAAUAUGUAGGCAUUGCAUGGGAAAAAAAGUAAAGUUUUAUCUCCUAUAUAAAAAAAAAUCUAUACAAUACAAAUAUAAGUUUACCUUUUCAGUCGGCCCAGGGGUUGAAAGAGUAAGGAAUUCUUCAGGUGUUGUGAGAGUAAAUACAUUGCUGAAAAUUACAAAAAUAACAAGGUAUUAACAUGCAAAAUGUCACCACUUGCCAUUUGUAUCAAACACUGAAUGCCAGACAACCACCAUCAACAAAAAAAGUUGGAUAUCAAAAAAAAAAUAGACACCACUUUAUUGUUUGACAAUGUGCACAUUUAAAAAAAAUAAAAGUAGAUCUAUAUUUCUAUAUUCUAUGUUCUUUUAAGUUCUUUAUCCUUUAAAAUAAGAUCCUACACUGUGUAGUGUCAGGGACCCUAGCUAUACUUACUGUGUUGUCUCAGUGUCUGUUAGAGGUUCAAUCCACACAGUGGAUAAUGGGAAUGCUUGGUUGGUAGAAAACUGAAACACAAGCAGGACCAAAUAUAUUGUGUUAUGUUUGUUAUGUUAUAUUUAUUUUCAUAUUAUAAUUAUUACAAUUUGAAUAACAGGGUUUGCACAAGACGCUGGGCGUAUACUGUGCAGUUUACACCACAUUACAUAUUACAUUGUAGUGUAUAUAUAGCAAGAGCACAUUCUUUGAUGAUAAGGAUCACUAGGUUAGCAAUGAAACAUGAACAAAAUGAACCAUGACAUGAUAUUUGAUAUUAGAUGUAGGUGGAGAGGAGAAGUGAUUUCAAAGACGAUUUAAACAAAGAUAAAGUAGAAGACAUAAUGAUGUUUCCAUUUACUCCAUUCCAAACUCUUGAUAGUUCUACUUUUAUUGACUUUUCACCAAAUUUGUUUUUAAACAUAUAUGAACGUAUACGGUCUUUAUUUCUAGUUUCAUGGUCAUGUGUAUCAGCAUUUGUGGAAUAGAAUUGAUUAAAAAGGUGAUAUGGGAACUUGUCAGGUUUAUUCAUAUUUUGGUAUGCAAAGUUG